UACAAUGAUUAUGAAUAGCAGCGGUAUCCCGCAGUCUCCAUCAGGCAGUGAUGUACGGAGACGCACGAGCCGGUGCAGCUCGAGGAGUCAGACUCCGCAUUUCGCCGUGACUCCGCCGGCCUCAAAUACGCCGACAUUACUGCUCGCAACUUUGCUGAAACACGCCGACAUUUGUUCAUAUUUAAUGUACACGUAACACGUUACCGCCGAAAAACCAAAUGAGCAAAUUAGCUGCUAGCUACCGAGGCGCAAAACGCAGCUAACCGCGCUGUCAAAGCUAGCGUAGCCACCGGAGCUAACGGAACCAUAUCAACCGGCCCGACUACGUAACAUGAACUGGGUGGGCGGCUCACGGGACCGAUGUCUGGUGAAAAGUGACGUGAGGAAACAGAGGGAGUUCUUCCAAAGGAGGAAGAUGGAGCGGAGGACCAAGCAUGCGGGGCAGCCCGCAGCUCCGCAGGGCGCGGGGAGUUUGGAUCUUGUCACCAUGUUGGUAGUGAAUCAGAUCGCAACCAAGAAGGAACAUCACUGUGAGCCUAAAAUAACCUACUUCAAGAACGUAAAGGCACCUAAAAACCCCAUAGAAUUACCCAUGAGCCCCUGCUCCCCAUCUGCGUUGUGCCUUGAAGGAAACUCCCCUCAACAGAGGGCCCAGUGCUUAGGUUUGAGAAGGAGAACACGUCACACAUCCCAGGCAAAGAAUCAUGGACGUCUGUCACCUGUGUGGGAAUCCGGCUUUUCCGAUAGCAGCGUUCCCGAUUACCAGCAUGGUGUCACGGACACGUUGAGCCUGUUCUCAGCAUGUAAACCUGAGUCCUUGUCCGAAAAGUUUGGCAUUCAGCCUGGGCCAGAGUUUGUACCUUUCUCCCAGCCAAGAAUGGUUGAAGAGCAGAGUCCCUGGAUCAAAUCAUCAAGUUGGUCGCAACAGACGCCGAGCAGCCCGGAGUGCAGAGUACAGUUUGGAAACGUGGAGCCAUGUUCACGCAGCUGUUCAGAAGAAAGCGGGGCAGUGAGGCAGAAGGUCAGUGGCCAUUUUGGCUUCACCCUGGAGAAAGAGGAGGACCACAACCAGUUGUCUGACCUGGGGUUUCACCAGACUGCUGAGUUUGAAGAGGAGGAAACACGGCUUAAUUCUGCAGAGAUUCAGAGUUUCAGCAAACCACAAAACAGAUGCUUUGAUUAUAGCUUUUGGUCUCAGCAGGUUUCUGAAAACACCAGACAGCUGGCAGGACGAAACAGGCUCAACAGCUGUGGAACUCCAAGCUGUUCAUCCAGAGACGGUUUCCUCAGCACAGACACUGAUGAUGAGGACGACUCCUGGUGGCAUCAGAGCAGCCCCUCCCAGAGCUCCGUCUGUGUAGAGACACCUACUGCGCUGAGGCUUACAGCUCACCUGCACGGGGGUGAUGACCAUAAAGAUGGCGGGGGGCAGAAUCAGAUAUGUGCCACUGACAGCCGGUGUGAGCAGCUGAGUCAGCUCAGGGUAGGAGCGCGUCCAAGGAAGAGCACCAGCGAGGGUCUGCUUGUGCUAACACAGCACUCACGAAAACACCCCAUUGAGACAAAGGAAGCAGGAACACAAACCGACAGCAGCCGUGGACCUUGCAAGUCGGAUGUUUCUAUACAGUGCAGCCUGGGGCAGGAACACGGCACAUACAAUCCGAACCGAUCUGAAGCUGACCGACUUCCAGUUAAUCCUGAAGUAACAAUCUCGGCCAGCAGAGGGCACCCUACUCAAGCUGAGCAGAACCUGCAGUCAGUCUGGAAUUCAGACAGCCGCACAGAGCACUUGAGGUCUGGUAUAGGACAACAUUCAUCUCUCUCCAGAGGGACAGAGUGUCUCUGCAAAUCUGAGGAGCUUCCAGAACCACCUUCCAGCAGGAUCCAUGUCAUUAGAACUGCAGAGGAGUCAAACCCUGAGCAGCAUGAGGGAGCAGAGAUCUCGCAGAGCUCAGUUGGAAUCAGUCACCACCUGCCCUGGGAGUCAGCAGGAGGCAGCAGCACAGCAGAGAGCAAACAGGUCGGUGAGGGCUGCAGAGCAUUCUGGGAGUCAGAAGAGACUGCCACGCUGCACGAGAUUGCAGAUAUACUGGUAAAGAUGAAGCACAAUGACACGUCGCGGUGAAGGAACGCGUGCAUCUGACACAUAAAAUGAGAGAUCUGCCAUGAUGCAAGUUCACUUUUUUAUUAAAGCAGGAACAGAUACAGCGAAAGAAUUAAUGUUUACUUUCUCAUGUACAAUUUCAAGUGAUAUCAUUUCAUGAACGUAUGCAAUUGUAUACAAAGUUAAAAUCUAAUAAAACAUACAGCAACGAAUCAA